AUGCAAACUACUGAGCCAUCAGCUACUAUUCAAGACGAUAGUUUAGUCACUUCACAAUCGUCGGAGUAUUAUAAUGGAAAUGCAAAGACUUCGUACGUCCCAAUGAAUACUUUCUUUGUGACGGCAGAGAAUCAACAGCAAGUCAAUGUCCAACCGAUUCCUCAACAAGUCGACCAACCCAUUAACUACGCUCCUCCUCCUUUGAAUCAACAACUCCAACCUCAACAUCAAGAAAAUGAACUCCAACAAAGCGUCCCAGUCUAUCUCCAAAGCACUCAAUUCCCACAAAACGGGAACUACCCAACUCAAGGAUACCCAAUACAACCACAAAAUGGCAUACAACCACAAUUUAUCGUCAACGGCGACGAAGCGAUGAACAUCGACGCAACGAAAAAAUAUAUCGAGAAAAGAACGGAAGAAAGAAACUGUAAAAUUACUCUCGUCUUCCUCAUCAUCGGAAUCAUCUUCUGCCCUUUCCUCGUUGCUUCUUUUGUCAUCUCACUGAGAUGCGAAAACAAAAAAUAUCGAAUGCUCGGAAGACUCGCUAUGUUACUCUUCUUCUUGGAACUCUCAGCAUCCUUUAUGUUCAUCAUCCUUUCUAGUUAA